AUGGGCGGUCCUGCGCAUUUCAUCGUCGAGUUUGCAGCUCAUAGAUCUGGGAAGCGUGCCCCGGAAUGGGACCGCGCUACCCUGUUCGCGCAGAUGGUGAAGAACAAGGGAUUAUUUGCGGCCAUGCAACCCAGAUUAUGGACCGGGGCAGCCGACUGGGGUUUGUUCAGUGAAGCUGGGCUGGCAAUUACCGCCACCCUUGUCCACCGCACAACACAAGCUACUGGUACUCUUCCCAAGGUACUGUGUGCACCACGAACCGCAGUCCAAGGCACUGCAAUGGUUUUGGCGGUUCAAUGGCAGGCCAACUGGCAUGACACGACGCUUGUUCCUCGCGUCAACCAAGAGCGCGAGGAUGAGCUGGCCCUGCACAUGUUAUGGCACUGGACGGGAGAGGGGGAGGGGGGAAGGAGAAAGGCACUGGGACUGCAGCGCAGCCGCACCACGCCUCCUAUCAUCCUAUGUACAUGUCCCCCUUUGCUAGAACAUCCUACGACCACCCUCUUCACCGCGAGAGAGACGCCUUCACCCUCACUCUAUUAUUUCCCUUCUGCUUGCCUGUUGAUCCCGCCCCGUCGCUCGCAGCACCACAAGGCCGCCUAUCCGUCCGCCGUUCAAUGCAGGCCUGAACAACUGCUCGGGAGGCUUGAGGGGCCGACUGCCGACGCUGCCUCCCUUUACACAUCGCCGCCUCGACCCAGCCCGCUUCUCGAGCCUCUCCAUCACAAGCUUCCAUCUCCGCCGCCCACGCCUGCAUCUCGCACGUACAAGGCCAUUCACGCUAACACUACGUCCCGCUGCAGAAUUGCAGUCGCAGCUUCAUCAGUGUCUCCUUAUCUCGACUUCCCUUCGUCGACCUCGACCGAGCACUCGACAAAUCGAUCUGCAAAGAUCCCAAUGGCUACAGUACUCUCGCCAAUCGUUCAACCGUCCAGUCCCAUUACGAUGCCCUAUUCUUCCUCCGAUGCCUACCAAAACCAGCCCACGCAGCCCAAGAAUCAGCAGCCGCGAUCCACGCAGAUGCCACGAAACCAGUACAAUGGCACGACGGGUACAAGUGGCGCCACGGGGUACAGAGGUACCUCAACGCCGAUAGCACCCUAUGCCUUUAGUAGUACGCCCCAGCUGCGACAGGAAAACAAGUCGGCCCCGGCUGCCAACGGCCCAACGGCGCAGCAACAGCAACAGCAGGCCCGACUCGGUCAUCCGUCUCAUCCUUCCUCAUCAUCCGACUCUACAGUCUCGACCUCUGGGUCCUCCAGUCGUUCAUCAGCAGGGCCGCCUCUUGUCUCCAAAGACGAUGGCGACUUGCGCAAGCCGGUCGACAACUUCACUCCCUCCAUCUCCCUGUCGAUACCUGACCUUUCACUCACUCUGGGUGGCGAUGCCCCGGUCAAGCCAUCGCCUGGGCGGUAUAGGCGCGCUCCUGGACGAACUGAUUCGUCCACCAGCGUCCCAACAGGUGCUACGACACCGACACAGCGUUCUCCUUCAAUCGGCUUCUCCACUGCACAGCCAGCCCAAAGUGCAGUCGUGGUCAACUCUGAUAAUGAGCCAUCAGCCAAAAGCGGACACAACCGAGCCAAUAGUGCUGAUGAAACGCAAAUCACUCGACAAGGUGGCGUAGACCCCGCAAAGAGAUACAGACGACGAAGCAGUAGUGGAGUGGAAGCUAGCAAUCUUACCACAAACAUGGCCACACUUCAAGUGGCUACGAAUGGGUUACAGGCAGCGAGCCCAAACACUGGGCAACCCAAGUCUAGUUCUGGACGACCAGCGUCAAGUCGAGGCCACGAGAGACAGGGCAGCCCACGUCCCGAAGUCACCACACAACGCAGCUAUGCCUCUGUUGCUGGAGGUGGUGGAUCAAAAGCUGCUGCGGGCAAAGAUGCCAAAGCAUCGGAAUCUGUCAAGCGCCAUGCGCCCUCUCCUCUAUCUAACCCUUUAUCGCCUUCUGGACCCCCGAGUCCCACCACUCCACAGAGUACUGCUGCUCAACAACUUGCUGCUUUGAACGACAAGGAAAAAGGAAUGAAGUCACGUCUCCGCAGAGCCUUCUCGUUUGGAAGCGCCGCCGAGCUACGGCGGGCUUCUGCGGAGAACACUCUCUCGGCAGAACGAGCAAAGCUGCGCAAGGAGAGGUACCAUAACGAUGAGGAUGCAGAGCAAGCGGCGAUUAUCGCCAAACAAGAGGCGGCGGGAAUUGGAGCUGGCAUCUACUCUGGCCAAGGUGGCAUUGGCUCUACCGAUAAUCUUUCCAUACAGUCGGCUGCUUCAUCCGCCUCGAUUAUGCUCCGAAAGAUGGGUCAUGGAAUGAAGAAAGGUACCAAGUCCAUCAAGGGCCUCUUCAGACCAAAGUCCGUCAUUGGAGUGCCGGCCGCAGAUGGACCAAUUGCGAGCCCCAGUGUGGGUCAAGUCUCGCUGGUUACUGUUGAGGCGGAGCGACAGAAGGUCAAUGUCAACGCGAAUCCUCACGAGCAAGCUGGAGGUGGCACAGGAUAUCCGAGGUUGGAACGCAACUCUGUUGACGCUGGGCACGCUUCAGAUGUUGCCAAUCCCUCCGCUAUGGUCAAUGAUUCAUUUUCGAGGAGAAGCAUCGUAGGAGGCGAUCGCGAGCGAGCAGAAGUGCUAUCGUCGAUGAAACGCGGUAUUCUAAAACGCACUGGCACCAACUCAGACUCUGGCUCUCCCGUACUCAAACCGGUGGAUGCUGUUCCCAAUGCCGGCAAUUCGAGGUCGAACUCUCCGUCGACUCCUAGGACGGAUGGAAGCCAACCACGUAGUGAUGACUACUUCGCAAAGCCGCCACGCAUACACAAUGGCAGCACAAGAAGUCUUCCAAUCACACCCCAUGGUGGUUUGAAGAACAUCUCCUUCAGCCCACGUAUACAGUUCCACGAUGCCUGGUCUCCCCAAGACUACGAUAGGAGAGGUGACAUUGCGACGUGUAAUAGGCUUACACCAAUGCUAGCACAGCAAAUCAAAGAAGAGCUCAACUCUUUCAAGAUGGAGAUGGAGGUCCACGAGGCUUCAAAACCACACACACACUUCUUCUAA